AUGACUCCGGACUUUCCUGAUGGACAACCACGUUCAAGCCCGGUAAACGAAAGAUUGUCCCUUGAUAGAGUUCGGCCAAAGUCACCCUUGUCCGACCGUUUCAGAGAUUCCUUCCAUAUCCAUAGCUUUGGCCGACCCCGUUCAAGAUCCUCGGCUCAUGUCCCAGUAAAUUUACCAAGCCUCGAGAAAGGCGCUGGCGAGGAUCAGUGGGAACACAGAGCAGCCCUCCUGGCGUCCGGGGGACAGCCGAGCUCUGUAAACGGCGUUGGGCAUCUUGGGGGACAUCUUGGAGCGGAGGACAGCGGCGGACGUAAGAGGAGCACGAGCGUCGUCAGCACCGUAGAUACUGAUGAUAAUAUUCAGGAAGCCAUACGACUUCAUGAAGCCGGAGAGCUAGCUAGAUCAACUCGAAUGUUCGGAAAGCUUGCCGAGCAGAAUAACCCAUUGAGCCAGGUUCUCUAUGGAUUAGCUUUAAGACACGGAUGGGGUAUCGACGUAGACCUUCCCAAGGCACUCACUUACCUUCAGGCCGCCGCUCGUAACUCGGCCGCCGUCGAAGAGCAAGCACUAGCCGCCGGGAUGAAGAAGGGCGGCUCCGCGAAGGGAGAGCUGGUGCUUGCUAUAUUCGAGCUUGGCAAUUGCUUCCGUCACGCCUGGGGUGUGGAGAAGGAUCCCGUUGCCGCAAGGGAAUACUACGAGACUGCAGCAAACCUGGGCGACGCGGAUGCACAGAACGAGGUCGCGUGGUGCUAUCUGGAGGGAUUUGGAUGUAAGAAGGAUAAGGUCAGUAUCUGA